AUGGCUGUUUCCAAAUAUCCGUGGUAUUUGAAUCAAACUGAUGAUGAGCUUCUAUCAAAAUUCAAGUAUAUUCAGCGUCAGGAAGAUGAACAUUUAAGGGAAGCUACUAAUGGGACCCUCAAUUCAAGAUGGUCCCUAGGUGACAGCAUCUUGCAACGAAAUGAUUACAGAAACAGAUAUGUGAAUAUUAUGCCUUAUGAAAGAACAAGAGUUAAAUUGAAUGUUCCACGCGGCAACGAUUAUAUCAAUGCAUCUUAUGUGAAAGUCAACGUUCCAGGCCAAAGUACACAGCCAGGUUACUAUAUUGCCACACAAGGCCCCACGAGAUAUACGUGGGAUCAGUUCUGGCAAAUGUGUUAUCAAGAGUGUCCCUAUGACAAUAUCGUUAUUGUUAUGGUGACACCGUUAGUGGAGCAUGGUAGGGAAAAGUGCUACAGAUAUUGGCCCACAAGUGAGGAUCGUGUUAAGAUAUCACCUGUCUCACAAUAUCCAGGGGGGGAGAGUGACAUAAGUACGUUCCAAUCAGAACUGAAAAUUGAAUACGUCCAACAUGAAAGAGUUGACGAUUUGUAUACUUUAACAGAAAUUAAGUUGAGCCCUCCCUCUGGAUCCAUAGGGCCUACGAAAACCGUUCACCACUUCUACUUCGACCAAUGGAGAGACAUGAGUAGGCCAGAAGAAAUAUUGCCCAUUAUGACAUUAUCACAGCACUCACAUGCGUUGAAUUCAAAUGGAAAUCCCGUCAUUGUCCAUUGUUCAGCAGGUGUCGGUCGUUCAGGCACUUUCAUCGCUUUGGAUCACCUGAUACAUGAUACUGCAGACUUCAAGAACGCUCUUGACACAAUGGCUCCGGCUCCAUUGCAGGACUACAAACGUGACUUGAUAGAACAGAUAGUAUUCCAACUACGUUCGCAGAGAAUGAAAAUGGUUCAAAUGAAGGACCAGUACAUCUUCAUCUAUAACGCAGCCAAGUACCUCUACAACCUCGAACUGCAUACGUAG